AUGUGGUCAGGCCGUUUCAAAGGCCUUGACACUGGAUGCGGAGACUAUGAGAUCCCACCUCAAAUAUGGGACCAAAUAGCUGAAUCUUGGGGGUUCUGGUACAUGUACAUGGCUCCAAUCCUACUGAAGGGCCAUUUCCAGAAAGAGAAGUAUUACACACACAUGUGUAAAUUAUCCGACCUUAUGAAGUUGAUGGUGCAGUUCGAGAUUAGUAAAAAAGAGGUUGAUCUGCUGGAAGUGGGACUUAUUGAGUGGGUAGAGCAUUAUGAAAAACUGAUGGUACAUAGGUACUACUACCAAUAUGAAGAGAACCAAUUACCUGUCUGUACACUCCCCAUCCAUGGUCUGUUGCAUAUUGCAGCAGGCAUUUGUUUCUGCGGCCCUGUCUGGACAAGUUGGACAUUCUAUAUGGAGUGGUACUGUGGCUACCUACAAGCUGGUUUACGCUCACACCGUUUCCCUUGGAGUAACCUCAAUAAACAAGUUCUGCAUGCAGUGUAUCUAACUCAACUGAAGCUAAAGUAUAACCUAGAUGAUGAACUGAAGGAUUUCCACUCUAGUCAGCACAACUAUAGUGUACUGAAGCAAAAUGAGAAAAUAUAUCCAGAUUAUCCAGACCAUGUCAUGUGUAGCCCUUACCGUAUAAAACAUAAGCCCAACAGUGAUACUAGACACAGGAUCAGCAUAUACAUCUGCACACUCAUUGGUGGUCAAAUUGAUCAGAUAUUGCCUCGCUUACCUGAAGUAAUGCCCCUUUGGGGAAAACUACACAUUGCUGCUGGUGGUGAUGUUGUUCGAAGUGCUUUUGCAAUGAAAAAGAGCAACACAUUAUCACAAUGUGAUAAUUCUUUUGUGCGGUAUGAGAUCUCUUACACUGUACAAGAACACAGGAAUACCACUGUCACUGCCACUCAUUAUGGCCAUCUCAAACAAAUACUUGUCUGCCAGCUUGGAAAUGAUGAUUUUUGGAAGGAUCUAUCUGGUCGUGGACUUCUAUUGGCAAUCAUCACACCAUGUAAAACUGAGGAUAAUGAUGCAUCUUUGGGAGUUGCUGUGUAUGGUGGAUUAGCAGCUGCCAUUGCCACGGACAUUUGUAACAUCAAAGCUGUUGUUGGACAAGUGAAGACAAGAGGAAGGUGGGGAAUUAUAGACCGAACAAGUGGUCUUGCUUCUGUCGCUUUCACACACCAGGACACAGAGGGAGUGGAAUCUGAGUUUUAUGACUCCGGACCAGGCUCAGAUGAUGACUUUAUGCAAUAGAUUGCCUCAAAACUCUUUGAUAAAAAUUCAGUGAUUGAUCAGAAUGAUUAAUUGAUUUUAGCACUUUGUACAUCAUUGACUUAUUGUAAUAUACAAUGAACAUCAGUG